AAAUAGUUGCGUUUCAAUGUCAUGAAUGUCAAAAUAUUAUCUAUGGUUUUGAAACCCACUGAUUAAGUACAACGUACAACUCCACACACCUGAUUACUGACAAACAUAAAUUUCAGUUGCCAAUACAAUCAUUGAAAAACCUACUUCGUCCACUUUUACUUGAAAAUGGCUACUGGUGAAUAUGGAAACCUAAUCAAAGAAGAGGUAAAAUCUGCUCUGGAAGAACACAUUUCCAAAGGAAAAUGUGAUGCACCAGAAAUUGUUAUUUCAAAGAUGGAAUUCAAGUCAGAAAAUAUCAAAAGUGAAGAUGUCAUUGAUGUUGUUCAUCAUGUUCUGAAAUCUGAAAAGUGUGAGGUUUGUGGAGGUUUGCUUUGUACAACUGAUUUUGUCAGCCCUGAUAGUUUGGACUCCAUUUGUAACUGUCUUUAUCAGAAUGAGUCUAAUGCUAUGCAAGAUGAAGAUAUGACUUGGGACUUCAAACCAUUUAACAUUGAUGCAGAUUCUAGAAACUUUCAUUUUAAAAUUCAGGAAGAAACACUAGUUGUGAAGGAAAAGGAGGUAGACAAUGAAAAUGUGCCAUCAGCGUCAUGUGAAAACAAAAUUUCUAUUGAGAAAUUCUGUGUUGUUAAACACAAAACGUUACAAAAAACUGAGGAGGUCGAUGAAACAUUUAGUAAUUCUACAAACUUUAGUUUUAAAAUUCAGGAAGAAACACUAGUUGUGAAGGAAGAGGAGGUAGACAAUGAAAAUGUUCCAUUAACGUCAUGUGAAAACAAAAUUUCUAUUGAGAAAUUUCAUGUUGUUAAACACAAAACGCUACAAAAAAGUGAAGAGGUCGAUGAAACAUUUAGAUCUGGGUACGAUUUGAAUUCAGUUAGGCAGAGGAUUCAAGAAGAAAACAAAAUGUACUCAAAAAAUUUGAAUGAAAGAACUGAUAUUGGAAACAGACCUAUAAAGAAAAUAUUCAAUUGUAAAGUGUGCAAAAAAUCAUACGCUCAAAGUUGUGAUUUGAAAAGACAUGAAAUAACUCAUACUGGAGAAAAACCCUUUCAGUGUGAAAUAUGCUCUAAGUUUUUCACUCGCAAAGAUAAUUUGACAUCUCAUGAAAGAACUCAUACUGGCGAAAAACCCUUUCAGUGUAAAAUAUGCUCUAAGUUUUUCACUCGCAAAGAUAGUUUGACAUCGCAUGAAAAAAUUCAUACUGGUGAAAAACCAUUUCAAUGUAAAAUUUGCUCAAAGUCAUUCAUUCAAAGAAGUAACUGGAAGUCCCAUGAAAAAAUUCAUACCGGCGAGAAACCAUUUCAGUGUAAAAUCUGCUCUAAAUCAUAUACUCAAAGGAGUGUCUUGAAAUUGCAUAAAAAAAUUCAUACUGGUGAAAAAAAUAUAUUUGAUUCUCCAUGAAAAAAUUCACACUGUUGAAAAAGCAUUCCACUGUAAAACCUGUUCCAAGUGUUUUACUCGCAGUGAAAGUUUAAAAUUGCAUGAAAAAAUUCAUACUGGCGAAAAACCAUUUCAGUGUAAAAAUCUGUUCUUAAUCAUUCUCACAAAGUAGUAAUUUGAAAGUACAUGAAAUGAUUCAUACUUAUCAAAAACCAUUUCAGUGUAAAAGCUGCUUGAAGUCAUUUGCUUACAAAGCUAGUUUGAAAUUGCAUGAAAAAAUUCAUACUGGUGAAAAAUCAUUUCAGUGUUAAAUCUGCCCCAAAUCAUUCAUUUAAGGAGGUGAUUUGGAAAGACAUGAAAAAAUUCAUAUUGGCAAAAAAAUAUUUCAUAAAUGUAAUUACUGUAAGUGUAAGAGUAAAAUGGGUAUUAUUAAAAAAAUCAACCCCUAAGUACUGUUAAGUCUCAGUGUAUUAAAAUACAACAUAAAUUAUUGUAAAAUAAACCAAUAGUUGACUUGAUAAAAGUCUGUUUCAGGAUAUCUUCAAGGGAAACUCACAUUUUUGUUAUAUGGUGAUUGAUGUAUUAUU